AUGACGAGGUUAGAUAACCAGGAGAACAACGGCAACUCCAUAUACAUCACGCAAAAGAGACUCUCGUAUGACAUCACGAAGGAUAUUGAAGGUGCAGCUGGAUCUGGCAAAGAAUCGUACUCGGUGUUGGUGAGAGUGACUGAUGGCAAUAAGGACAAGUCUAAAAGAGUGAAGCUGAGCACGGAGAUCGCACCUAAUCAGCUGGAGACAUUCUGGAACGAGUAUGCCAAUAUUCUCAAAAGCGGACUCAAAGGACUGAAAAAGAAAGACAAGAAGAAGGCUAAGAAACGGGCUAAGAAAACUCACAAUUGA